AUGAUCCUCUAUUUGGUGCGCUUACCCAUAGACUCACUCAUUGGCGGCCGCAAUCUUCUCGCGCAGCUCGCCAACAACCCUCUCCUCGUACUCCUUGUACACCUUCUCCAGCUCAAGCUCGUUGAAAAGGGCCUGAACCUUGGCCUCAGCAGCGCCCUUGCGGCCGUAGGAAGCAUCCAGGAGCUGGCGCUGCUCGGGAGUGCAACGCUGGAUGGCCUGGUUGACGAGCUAAGAGCACUUGUUGUCCUGAAUAUCGUUCCCGAUCUUGCCAAUGACAGAUGGGUCACCGAAGUUGUCGAGUAG